UGGUUCUGUUGGUGUUGAAUUGAUGCUGAUUUUUAAAAAUUUCAAGAAGUUCGGUGUUGAAUUUUAAUCCCAAUGGAGAGAUUUUUCGUAAUCCUUCUUAUUGCCAUUGUGCCCACUCAUGGGGAUAGAGCUCUUGUGAAAAUUGGAGUGUCCAAAACAACUAUUCCUCCCGUAAUUCCUACAGAAACUUCUACAACUACAACAACUUCAAGUACAACAACUUCAACUACAACAACUCCUUCAAGCACUUUAGCACAAAAUUCAACAGAAAAACUGACCACAAUCUCUUCAACGACAACUUCAACAACUACUUUGCCCCCUUCUGGGAACAUCACAGAGGCACCUGAGACUAAAAAUCAGACAGGAAAUGCAACGGAAGUAACCAAAAUCCCAAGAAGAUUGAGACUUCACCAAGCUGAAAACUACUUCUGCAAAUGUGACUUGAAGAUUAAUGUUUGCGACGUGGAUUGUUGCUGUGACAUCGACUGCACAGGAGAGAUGCUGUCGCUAUUUGAUUGCCAUGAAUCCUACAUUUCCACCGAAGACUACCAUGCUCUCCAUGGACUUCCCUCUUGCAAGAUAUCUUCCAGUAUCUUCUGCGUCCUCAAGAAUAAUCUCCGACGCUUUGAAUUUGAGGAAUUCGAUGAAAGUCUUGCCUUCCAAAAAAUCCACAAGUGGCCAGAUGUCCUUCAGGAAUCUCCUGUUGAUUCUGUCUGGGAGUCCUAUCGAUUGCACGAUCCCAUAGAGAUUGCCACGGAAGUGGGUGAGAAAGAACUGAAAAUGCCACUUUCACUUUCAGGAGCAAUUUGUCAUGUGGAGGAAUCUGUUAAAUUCCUCAAAAACUCUCAUAGCAUUUGCUUAAGAGAUCCAACAGAUUCCUUUCCUAUUGAAUACCUCAUGAGACUGUCUGCAGUGGAAAUUCCUCCAAAACCAAAGAUUCCCUGUGUCGAUGCAUCAAAUUCAUGUGUCUCUGUGGAGAUUUUCCGCUGCAGGAAUGGCAAAAAUUUGCACAACUGCAGAACUUGGAAUGUGACUGAAUUUCCUGAUAACUUUCCCUUUGAUCUCAUCAUGAGGUUUACGCAUAAUUUCACAGUUCUCGUGAAAUUUGAGGCUUUUGCUGUUGAGAAAUCUCACCUGGAGAUGGGGAAAUCCUAUCAGCAAAGGAUUGAUGUAGUUUUCACCACGGUAAAUGAAUCCCAGAGUCAUACUGUGAGCGGGAAUAUUGGAUAUUUACCAGGAAAACCGGUCAUUUUCUCCCAUAUUCGUAGCGUUAAUGUUUCAGAGGAUAAGCAGCAACCCAUUAUUGACUACUUCCAUCCAAAUCGGACAUCUGAGGAUGAGGAUUAUCACAUGAAUUUGCCGGAAAGUAAUCGUGGGAUUUGUAUUUCGAGAAAUUACUCGCGGGAUAUGCUCAAUUUUGGAGAGAAUCAGGUGAAAACAUGCGAAAUUCACCUUCUGGACAAUCUCAAUAUUACCCAGGAUACAAAUUUCACAGAGAUUUGCAGAGAAUUUCAUGAGAAAAUCCUCCUACAUCUCUUGAUGUUCCCCAAUGCAACCCAAAGCUUUCCCUUUGAGGAGCUAUUUGUGUCGGAAUUCGGGAAUCCAAGGAAUGACACGAGCAAUUGGAUCCAGAUGGACCUCAAGGGGAUGGUUGAAUCUUCAUCUGUUGAAGGGAUCUACGAUUCAGUGGAUGAAACUCUUACCUGUCGCAACAUGGUCAUCCGAGCGAAGCAUUUGUAUCAAUUUGCACGACUGGAAGUGGCAGGAAAUCGCCAUCAAGCCCUCAUUGAGAGAGCUAGUAUUGAUUUUGGACCCCGUGUUGAUCUGCAAUUUAAGAUCAGUGAGGAUUUCCGGGUUCCCAUCUUCCAUGUGGUCUCAUUCAUAGAUUUAACACACCGUGUCAGGAGUUCAUCUUCCAUCCUCAGUAUUUCCCUUGCACCCUUUGCCAUUUGCCUCUUAGUGAGAGCUUUGCUCAAUUUGUCCUCAAUUUGAAAUGAGCUAUUAUAGUUUCACCGGAUCCGCCUUCAGCUGCAAUUGACCCAAACUCCACAAAAUAUCCCGAAAACCUUGAAAUACCCUUUCGACACAUUCAGAAACUUUCUAAUUGCUUUUCUGGGAUGCAGAACAUGCAGAAGGAUGAUGAAGGGAGACAAAUUAAAAGUUCAGUCUUACAGAAUUUAAUUAAAAACCUUAGUUGAAUAAAUGAGAAACACUUCAGAGUCAAUGGAA